GGUUUGUCACUCGUCCUAUUUUGGCUGUCAGUGCAGACAAGCAGCUGCCUGGAGAAGGACUGAUAUUCUAGUAUAAGGAAGCAGGUGCUUCGUCUCCACCACCGUCAAGAUGAGUGACCAAGCGAUCAGCUUUCUCAAGGACUUUUUAGCUGGUGGUAUUGCUGCAGCUAUUUCUAAGACUGCUGUGGCCCCAAUUGAAAGAGUUAAACUGUUGCUGCAGGUCCAGCAUGCCAGCAAGCAGAUUACAGCAGAAAUGCAAUACAAGGGGAUCAUGGACUGCGUGGUCCGAAUUCCCAAAGAACAAGGCUUCAUUUCCUUCUGGAGAGGCAACCUUGCCAAUGUCAUCCGUUAUUUCCCAACCCAAGCUCUCAACUUUGCCUUUAAGGACAAGUACAAGCAGAUCUUUCUGGGGGGUGUAGACAGGCACACUCAGUUCUGGAGGUUUUUCCUUGGUAACCUGGCAUCUGGAGGAGCAGCUGGUGCCACUUCCCUGUGCUUUGUAUACCCUCUGGAUUUCGCUAGAACCCGUCUAGCUGCUGAUGUGGGUAAAGGCUCAGCCCAAAGAGAGUUUAAUGGUCUCGGAGAUUGCUUAACCAGAAUCUGGAAGUCAGAUGGUGCUAAAGGUCUCUACCAGGGAUUCAAUGUGUCUGUCCAGGGCAUCAUCAUCUACAGAGCAGCCUAUUUUGGUGUCUAUGAUACUGCUAAGGGUAUGCUGCCAGAUCCCAAGAAUGUGCACAUUGUAGUAAGCUGGAUGAUUGCUCAGAGUGUCACUGCCGCGGCCGGUAUUGUCUCCUAUCCUUUUGACACCGUCCGACGUCGUAUGAUGAUGCAGUCUGGUAGGAAAGGAGCUGAUAUCAUGUACAAGGGAACAAUUGACUGCUGGAAGAAGAUUGCCAAAGAUGAAGGACCUAAAGCCUUCUUCAAGGGUGCUUGGUCCAACGUCCUGAGAGGCAUGGGUGGUGCAUUUGUACUCGUAUUGUAUGAUGAAAUCAAGAAAUAUGCAUAAACUAAUAAAUAAGUCCUGUUAAUCCAUUCUAUAUUCGUCAUAAAGACUCCGUGAUGCAUCUGAUUUCAGGGACAAAAAUCCUAUUUCCUAGGGAAAUUCACAGAGCGUAAUGGGCAGGUAUGCAACAAGAACACAGUAAUAAUACUCAGCCUGUGCAGAUGUACAUCAUGUGUACAUGUGUAGAAUGGUACAAUCUCAUGCAUUUUGUAUACUUGUAGCUGGAUCCAUGGAAACCUGUGAAACACAUUUAAAGGGUUGAUGUUAUGUAAUUUAUAAUUAAAAUAUGUCUUACAAAGAA